AUGCCCGUGUUCUCCAUUCCAAUGGUAUUCACUGACAAUAGUGACAUCACCGCCACCACCAACAUCGCCAUUUCAACAACAAAUACAAAUAAUAAUAUCAUUGCUGUAUCAGCAGCGACAGAAACAGAAGCAAACACUAACAAUCCCAACUCCCCUCUUAAUACUCAGGAGCAAAAAAAGUUUCAAGAGACAUUAAAGCAAGAACAAUUGAUAAAAAAAAGAAAGCAACGUUUAUCGUUGGCCACUGAAUUAUCGGCGGUUAGACUAUUUCCUUCUUCCACUUGUUCUCUUUAUUCUGGCUCAAAGUUUCGUGGUGAGCAGCGAAGUGGUAAAAGCAGUUAUGAGGUCGCGGUGCAUAUUCAGCAUGUUGAUCUCGCUGAAUCUUUUCUCUGCGGAUAUCUUCACAUAAAAGGCUUAACAGAAGAUUAUCCGGAGCUCACUACUUUCUUUGAAGCCGAAAUCAUUGGUAGAAAGCAUUCCUUUCUAACAAAGAAAUGGGAUGCAAAUGAGAAGAUAGACAAUCAACACUGGACAAAAUUCCCUGCGUAUAAACCAAUUCAAAAAUACAUGAAGAAGGAUAACUUCAUUUAUGAUUUUCACAACAAAGAUUUCAUGUUCAUGCGAUGGAAAGAGCACUUUUUGGUGCCUGAUCAUCGUGUGAAAACGAUUAAUGGUGCAAGUUUUGCGGGAUUCUAUUAUAUCUGUUAUCAAUUGAGCACGGGCAUCAUUACGGGUUUUUAUUUUCAUAAAAAUUCAGAAUGGUUCCAAGAAUUAAAGUUACAACACACGCCAGAAAACUCCUUCCCAUCAUUUGAAUUUCGAUGA